CAGAAGGUGAUCGAAAGAAAGCAGGGAUGCGAAGGAGAGGAAUAAAUUAGAGAGAGAGAGACAGAGAGAGAGAGAGAGAGAAAGAGAGAGAGCUGGCUCGUCCUUGAAUGCGGAGAAAAGGAGAGGGACAGUAACAAAGCUAUGUGAAUCGCGUCUGGGUCGCCUCUGUCAUCUGAAACACGGCGCUGGUUACACCGACGUCGCGAGCAGCAUCACCCAGCCUCCUGCGCAUCAUCCGCGGCUCCGUAUCCGCAGCUGCCCGUGGAGAAGACGAUCCGCAUCAUAGCAAGGCCCAGACUGAACGCCUCUUCUUCCUGUGAGAUAAGGGGAUCAGGUUCUGAUCCCAUCUGCUCCUGAUCUGUUUGCGAUCCUGUUUUAAUCCAGAUGAUGGAGCGCUUGCUGUGUCUGCUGGUCCUCAGCACAGUAGCCCUGAAGGAGGCUGUCGGUGGAGAUGUGUGUGUGUCGGGUCAUGACAGCGGGCCACUGUUUGAAGACCAGCCGAGCAGUUUAAUCUACCCAGAAGGCCUGAGUGAAGGCAAGGUGACCCUCAGCUGUCAGGCCAGAGCUAGUCCAGCUGCAUCCUACAGAUGGCUUGUGAACGGCACAGAGGUCCCGCUGGGUUUGGACCUGCGCUAUACCCUGGUGGCCGGCAACCUGGUGAUCAGCAGCCCCGAGUCCAUUCGAGACACAGGCUCCUAUCAGUGUCUGGCCAUCAACCGCUGUGGCACCAUCAUCAGCCAAGCAGCUAACCUCAAAUUUGGCUACCUCCAUGACUUCCCUCCGGACAGCAGGAGUCCUCAGACAGCAUACGAAGGCAUCGGAGCUUUCCUGGCCUGCCAGCCCCCUAUACAUUACCCAGCUCUGUCCUACCGCUGGUUGAUCAACGAAUUCCCCAACUUCAUCAAGAAGGAUGACGGCCGCUGGUUUGUGUCGCAGGUCACGGGGAACUUGUACGUAGCUAAAGCAGAGCCAAACGACACCGGGAACUACUUCUGCUUCACUACUAUCAACAUGGACAUCAGCACCAAGAGCACCUUCAGCAAGGCCAACCAGCUCACUGUGCUGCCGGACGCCAAUCCCAGGAAAUCAGCUCCGAGCAUCAAAGUGCGCUUCCCAGCAGAGACCUACGCCCUAGCAGGACACACCGCCCAGUUAGAGUGCUUCGCCUAUGGAAAUCCAGUCCCAAGACUGCGAUGGAGGAAAGUGGACGGUUUGAUGCCGUCCAAGGCGGGCUCCAGCGCCGAGGCCCCCACCCUCAUCCUGCCAGAACUCUCCUUCGAUGACGAGGGUGUUUACGAAUGUGAAGCCUACAACUCAGAGGGCAGUGACACAUACCAGGGACGCAUCAACGUGCAAGCUCAGCCCGAGUGGUUGCAGGUGAUGAGCGACUCAGAGGUGGAGAUCAGCUCAGAGCUUCUGUGGAGUUGCAUUGCUGCCGGUAAACCCCGACCCUCUAUACGCUGGCUACGCAACGGACAGCCGCUCAGCACACAGGACCGGGUAGAGGUGAACGGGGCUCGUCUUAAGAUCAGUAAUCUGGCCCUGGAGGAUUCUGGGAUGUACCAGUGUGUUGCUGAAAACAAACAUGGCACCGUCUACUCCACUGCUGAGCUCAGAGUCCAAGUUCAGGCUCCAGACUUCAGGUUGAACCCAGUAAGGAGACUGAUCCCAGCAGCCAGAGGGGGGCAGGUGAUGAUCGAAUGUCGCCCUCAAGCUGCUCCGAAGCCCAGCCUGUUCUGGAGCCGUGGGACAGAGCUGCUUGUGAACAGCAGCAGAGUCACCGUAACUCCAGACGGCAUCCUGCUGAUCCACAACAUCAGCAGGGCAGACGAAGGGAAAUACACCUGUUUUGCUGAGAACUACCUGGGCAAAGCCAACAGCACUGGACACCUGUCUGUCAGAGAUGCCACUAAGAUCACGCUGGCUCCUUCCAAUGCCGACAUCAACCAAGGGGAAAACGUGACGCUGCAGUGUCACGCCUCCCACGACCCCACCAUGGACCUGACUUUCACCUGGGCCCUCAACGGGGUCCUGCUGGACCUGGAGGACUCUGCCGGACCGUACCACCGGGUGGAGGGGAAGGAAAACAUUGGUGACCUGUUGACUGUGACCGCUAAGCUGAGUCAAGCAGGGAUGUACACGUGCACAGCUCAGACUGUAGUGGACAGUGCUUCAGCUUCAGCCAAACUAGUGGUUCGAGGCCCCCCAGGACCUCCUGGUGGUUUACUGGUGAAGAACGUGGCCGAGGUGUCGGUGGAGCUCCGGUGGAGUCGUGGCUACGAUAACCACAGUCCCAUCGGCAAAUAUGUCAUCAUGGGCCGAUCAUCGCUCUCAUCAGAGUGGAAGAAGAUGAGGACAGACCCGGUAAACAUCGAGGGGAAUGCAGAGUCGGCUCAUGUGAUGGGACUGAUGCCCUGGAUGGAUUACGAAUUCCAGGUCAUUGCCAGCAACAUCCUGGGCAGCGGAGAGCCCAGCAUGCCCUCUCACACCAUCCGCACACAGCAAGCAGCUCCCACUGUGGCCCCCAGUGGUCUUGGAGGAGGAGGAGGAGACUGCAACGAACUCAUUGUGACCUGGACGCCCAUGGCCAGAGAGUACCAGAAUGGUGAUGGCUUUGGCUACGUCCUGGCAUUCAGGAAGAAGGACACACAAUCUUGGACGGUGGUGCGUGUCCCUCACGUGGAGUCGUCCCGAUACGUUUACUACAACGACAGCGUGACGCCGUACAGUCCCUUCGAGGUGAAGAUCAAAGCUUACAACCGGCAAGGAGAAGGUCCGUUCAGCCAGAUCGCUGGGGUCUACUCUGCAGAGGAGGAGCCAACAGUGGGACCGUCAAACAUCAACGCCACGGCGCUGACCGCCUUUGAGAUCCAGGUGUCCUGGGAGCCCGUCCAGCAGCUCAGCGCCAACGGCAUCCUCAGAGGAUAUGAGAUCCGGUACUGGCGGCAGCACGAGCGCGAAGCGGCAGCAGACCGAGUGCGGACAGCGGGACUGGAAGCAACAGCCAGAGUGACCGGACUGAGACCCAGCACUCGGUACCACGUCGCCGUUCUGGCGUACAACAGCGCCGGCACCGGGCCGCCCUCGCCGCGCACCACCGUCACCACCAGGAAACCACCUCCUAAUCGUCGUCCGGGCAACGUGUCAUGGAAGGCUGAUGGCUCAUCUGUAACGGUGAGGUGGGAUCACGUGAAGGCCAUGCACAAUGAGUCAGCAGUGCUGGGCUACAAAGUUCUGUACAAACACGAGGGCCAGAACUCUCUGAAGGUUCUGGACAAGACCAAGACAUCCAUGAGCCUGCCGCUGCCAAAAGACAACGGCUACGUGGUGUUGGAGAUCCGGUCCUGGGGAGAAGGAGGGGACGGGCCAGCACACGAGAUUAUCGUGUCCCGGGACUCAGGAACUGGUAUGAUGGUGCAGAACGAGGCCUCCUCCGCACUGUCCAGUCAACCUCUCCACCUCCUCACCGGCUUGCUUCUACUCCCUCUUGUGUCAUUGGCCGGCCUGUGAUCUCAGCCGAUCUGUGGACUUUUUGCUUUGAAUGGCUUGAAGCUAAAGCUGUCCUGUGUCUCAGCCUGUGUUUGGGGUUGGGGUGGGUUCAGGUGGUCGGGGAAGAUUGUAGCACUGCAGGGAUUGAACGGGUGGGUGAGGAAGGAGGGGUUUCAGUUUUCAUUUAAAAAAAUAAAAAUAACAACAAAGAGGGUCUUUUUUUAAGCUGGAUGGAUUGAAAGGGUUGAGGGAGCAGGGAAUCCCUGUCUGGUUGUGUAUUUAUGUACCAGUGUCAGUGAAACCAUGCCUUACCGGGACCAUCACAUAUGUGGCUGACGCGUCUCAUACACUCGUCCUCCAAACUGUAGCUGGCGAGACACAGACUUCAGGUGUAUAUUUUUCAUAGAAUAAAUGAUGUGUAUAACUUGUAUACAUACAGUGCAGUCUUACAUGUGAUGGGUGUCUGCCUGUUCUGUCCACUCUGAGAGCAACUUGACUGAUAAGUGUCUGUUUUCUGAAUGGUUGUGGGUGCUGUAAAGAGCUGUAAAGGUCUGCAACUACAAUAUUAAGCUCCUCGUGCAUUUUUCACUGCUUGGUAAGUACGUCAUAAUGGACCCUUCGCUAAGUCCUGUCCCUCAACCACAGUUUAGCCAAUCAUAACAUAGCUUUAGCUAGCAGCUCUAACAGUUAUCUGUCUCUGCUCCACAGACUCAUCGGUGGUUUCAGAUGUUCUUCAUGUUCAGGCUGCUUUAGUGGAUUUGGAGCUCGUCGUGGUGAAAGGUGUAAUAGUGAUACUUUUUACCCAGAGAGGUUGUAAGAGAAACAGAUGGAAAACAGAUGGAGCUAACAUUAGCCGAGUACGUUAGCGCAUCUUUAACUAGCGUUAGCACUCAUAUGCUAUGCUAGCUGCUGAAGGUAAUGUAUACACAUGCUGCUUUAGCUUUUUAAAUGAUUGUAACAGUGAAUAAAUAUCUACCCCGCUUUACAGGAACAGAGUUGUUCCUUCAUUUCAUUGUCUUCUGUCUCCAUCAGCAGGUGAUGUGAUGGUUCACUUUUACACUUUUUUUACUGGCUGCUGGAUAUUUCCUUCAAAUGCAGAUUCUCUCUGAAAUCACUUUAGGUUUUUAUAAAGAUGAACAAAUCCUUCAAGGGUGUGCAGUUAGAGACAGGGUGGGCUCCAUGGUGGCUCGGACAGCUUAGCGUAGCAGCAGGGGGCGGUGCUUAGCAAAGGGUCAAUUGUAAAGUGCCUGUUCCCCAAAUUGUGAAAAACAUGGAAUUUCAUAAUGCAGCUUAUCAUGUACACUUCAAAUUCUGUACACUGUUAACAUGAAAGUCAUCAUUGUCCAUGUAAGCAUUUGUGUCAGGAUACAACAUUGCCUUGUUUUUCCACAACUCCCCUAAAAAGCAGCACCCCAUUGUUGAACUUAUGUCUUGUUGCUCAUAGCGUGAACACAGAGUCAGUCACUCAUUGAAGCACUGAAGAACUUUUUAUCAUGGAUUUUCAGCUCCUGCUAAUGUCUUUAUGCUUACUUGUGUUUUGUCUUAGCUGUAAUUAUGGAAAGCUACAUAAAAACGUCACCGGUCCAAAUGAAUGUUUACAUUUUAUAUUUCUUAUGUCUCAUUUUGGGGUUUGUCAAAUUGGAUGAAUGAAAGGAGUAUUUCAUUAUUUGCUCACAUUUUGUUGUGCCUGCACUGUUUGAAACAAUGUAAAAACGCCUCUGUUCAGUGUUAAUCGUGUUUAUUGCAGCUGCUUUUAUGCUGGUAGGUUAUUAACAUGAAACAGAUUAGCCACCGCUAGAGAUGAAAGAGUUAUCAGAGAAUAUAGUUAUAGUUAUAAGAGUUAACAGUGUCAUAUAUCGUUCUCAUUGUAAUCCUGUCAGCAUCUAUCAGCUCUUAUGUAACAUGUCCGGUUCACUGCAGUUUACAGGAAGGAUGUGACCUCUAGUGUGCGCAUUCAGUCUGUCACUCAUUCCUCACAGUUCUUCUGUCCUGGUCAGGUCUGGUCAGCAUUGUUCUCUGUUAUAACAGCCAUGUUUUAGUUCCCACUAUAUCAGGCUAUCUCAAAUCUUAACAACAUACAGCAUGAAGGUUCAGUCUUGGCCCUAGAAACAGUCUUAGGGAGAGUUGAAAGCUCUGGAAAAACUAGUAACUGUUUCAGGUCAACUGCUCCAAAGCCAAAGCAUCAGGAGUUGGUGAAUCACAGUAGAAACCACAGGAUCUAUCCUGAAGAUACAGAUUCAGCAGUUUGUUCUGUGCUCUGUAUGGAUAGGUUAUUCUUACACUCACUCAAGAAGACGAAAUAAAUGUUUUCAAAAUGACAGAAUCAUUGUGUGAACAAGCUUGUGAGUUUAAUUGGUGAUCCAAAGGAACUCACAAGCCUAAAUAUUUCAAUGGUUCGGACAACCAAAACCUUUUUGUGUUACUUUAGUUUUACUUGUUUUGCCUUCAUGAAUGAUGACUAAGGAUGAAUACUUGAUUGAUGUUCUCUAUUUUGUCAGGAAAUGUAACUCUUCAUGACAUGCUUUAUACUUUUUCUCUUACAAUAUCAUUUCAUUUACAUUAGUUUGGGUAAAAGAAAAACCAAUAUAUUAGGCAAACUAGGAAAGAUCAUUUUGUAUGAAAUGAUUUUGUAUGUAUCAAAGUUUUAAGACCCUGUAGGAAAAACCCCAACAACCCAAAUUGCUGGUUAAAGGAAUGUCCAAUCCCUUACCCAUCAACUACAUGCCAAGGCCUGGUGAUAUAAUAGGCAAAAUAUCACAAAUGUCAAAACACGUACACCUAGAAUAACACUUUAUCUAUUAGCUGUAGACAGUCAUGAUUAUUAGUUUCAUGAUCUUGAACUGAGGUUUACAUUUGGGUUCGACCAAUAUACGAGAAAUCACCACCACUGUCUUUCACUCAGAAAUGCUGAGCCUCACACACCUGCUUCAUCUCUGCACUAGAGCAGAAGGUGGAGAUGCUUUCAGAACCGUUGAAUGAUGUCCUGUUUAUUGUGUUUUACUGUGUACAAAGUUUUUUCCCAAUGCCUUUAGUAUUCAUUUAGGAGCCAUACAGUCAUGUCACCGUGUCUCUGAGCCCAGCUGCUGAAUGUUCUGGCGGACUGACUGGUGUCAUCACUCACUUAAGGUGGUAACAGCGAGUCUGUUUCCUAUGGCUUGGCUGAAUGCAGUGGAUAAUGCAGCCCUUGGGCUUUUUCAUAUUUGUGAUUGAAUGGAGAUGUGAGGGAGGGGUGGGAGGGAGGGUGCUACUUGUAAAUAUGAUUUCAAAUAAACACUUUGGGAUUG